UCCGUGUCGGCCCUCGCAGAGGGAGCAUCGCGCGCUGCCGCCACCGCCCGGCCCGCCCCGCCCCGCGCCGCCGCCAUGGCCAAGGCCGAGUCCCCGAAGGAGCCGGAGCAGCUCCGGAAACUUUUCAUCGGCGGCCUGAGCUUCGAGACCACGGACGAGAGCCUGCGCAGCCACUUCGAGCAGUGGGGCACGCUGACUGACUGUGUGGUGAUGCGGGACCCCAACACGAAGCGCUCGCGGGGGUUCGGGUUCGUCACCUACUCCUCGGUGGAGGAAGUCGACGCCGCCAUGAACGCGCGGCCACACAAGGUGGACGGCAGGGUGGUGGAGCCUAAACGGGCCGUGUCCAGAGAGGACUCGCAGCGGCCCGGCGCGCACCUGACGGUGAAGAAGAUCUUCGUGGGCGGCAUCAAGGAGGACACGGAGGAGCAUCACCUGCGCGAGUACUUCGGCCAGUACGGCAAGAUCGAGGUCAUCGAGAUCAUGACCGACCGCGGCAGCGGCAAGAAGCGCGGCUUCGCCUUCGUCACCUUCGACGACCACGACUCGGUGGACAAAAUCGUCAUCCAGAAGUACCACACGGUGAACGGGCACAACUGCGAGGUGCGCAAGGCGCUGUCCAAGCAGGAGAUGGCGAGCGCCUCGGCCGGCCAGCGAGGCCGCAGCGGCUCCGGGAAUUUCGGCGGCGGCGGCCGCGGCGGCUUCGGCGGCGGCGGCGACAACUUCAACCGCGGCGGCAACUUCGGCGGCCGUGGUGGGUUUGGCCGCGCCGGCGCUUACGGCGGCGACGGAUUUAAUGGAUUUGGCGCUGACGGCUACGGCGGCGGGGGCGGCCCCGGUUACUCGGGCGGGAACCGCGGCUACGGCGGCGGCAGCGGCUCCUACGACGGCUACAACAACGGCGGCGGCUUCGGCGGCGGCAGCGGCGGCCGGCGGCCGGCGAGGGGCCCGGCCCUGGCCGUGCGCAACGGGCUGGGCGAGGCGGGGACAGGCAGUAACUUCGGGGGCGGGGGCAGCUACAACGACUUCGGCAGCUACAACAACCAGGCCUCGAGCUUCGGGCCCAUGAAGGGAGGGAGCUUCGGGGGGCGCAGCUCGGGGCCCUACGGCGGCGGCGGUUACGGCAGCUCCAGCGGCGGCGGCAGCUACGGAGGAGGGAGGAGAUUUUAACGGCCAGGAGCCGGAGCUGGGCGGGAGCCGGGGGCAGCCCCUGGAGCCAGCGCCGGGCUGGGCCGAGCCCGGGGACCCCCGGGGACCUCCGGGACCUCUGGGGACACCCAGGACCCCCUGGGACCACCCCUGGACCCCCCCCAGACCCCCCCGGACCCCCGGGGCGCUGUGAGGUCGCCGUGUCGGGGUCCCCCCGUGGGGUUCCCCCCGUAGUUCCUGUGUCCUGUACCUGUCCCCUCCCCUCAAUAAAUGUCUCUUGGGUUUUUUUUUUUAAAUUAUUUUUUAUUAUGACGAUGAAUUUUAGAGAGGAGAGGGUGGGGGCGCUGCUCUGUUCCUGAUUGGUCGCCUCAGCUGUCAAUCACAGCCUGGCUCCGCACUCCCUCUGAGCCCCGCCUCUCUUUUGUCACCCUGGGGUCCCCCGGGAUGUCCCCGGGAUGUCCCCAGGGUGUCCCCAGGGUGUCCCAGGGGUGUCCCCAGCCCCCCCCCAUCACUAAUUGCCCCCUUCCCUUUUUGUAGGAGCCGCCGGCCCCGGGAGAGGAGCCCGCGGAGGUGAGCGGGGGGACACUUUGGUGGACACUUUGGGGACACGAGGGACAGCCCAGGGCUGGGUGACCCCCCUCCCCCCCCCAGCGCCCGCGGGACCCCCCGGUGCCCUCAAUAAAAGGGUUAUUUUGUA